CGGUGUGGGUUUUUGUUUAUUAUUCAAGGCAGUUUCUUAUCAAGAAUCGUGAAUAUGGAAGACGAAUGGGAGGAGGAGGAGCAGUUGGUUGUGGUUGAGCUGUCUGGUAUAAUUAACUCAGAUUUUUUGACCAAGUGUCAGGGAACCUGCAAGAUACUGGACAUUGACAGUGAGCAGCCAAUGAUGCAGGUGGGAAGAUACGUGUUUGCGGGAGAGUAUGACGAUGCUCUGGGCACCUGUGUGCUCUUCGAGGAGGGACAGUCGAGUGGGGCAGACCCUGAAGCCAGUCCAGAGCUGAGCUAUAAGUGCCACACCGUUAAGAGACUGAUGAUGCAGAGAACCUUCCUUGCUGAGAAAAAGGAAGGAGACAACAGCUCAGGUUACACACACACACACACAAAGAGACUUUCAAUUUCAGCCACUGAGUGACGGAAUGUCCCCAGCCAGACUCGACUCACUCUCUCACUUCAUCCAGAACCCAAAGAGGACCUCCAAGCCAGCAGGGGAA